GUCGUAUUGAAAACCAUUGUAUUAUGGGGUUGUUAGUUUCGAGGCCUGUCAUCUCUUCGGUUUCGUCGUUAAUGACAGUGUAGCCCCCGCCAUACAUUAUUUUGCCAGAAUUCCACCGUUUCAAACCCACACAGAGCACCAAUAAAAUAGGUUGUUAGAGAUAUUUUCCCUUUUUGGGUAUAAAAAGAUAACUUAAAGAACAUAAUCAAGUCUUUGUGCAAUUCAAAGACACCCCAGAUUGAAAUAAAAGUUGGGUAUUUUCAGUUUUCUCUGUGAGAACCAAAACGGUUAAAAAGGAGAAAUCUUUUGACGGGUACAGUUUGAAUGGCUCUGAACUUGUUAUCCCCAGCUGAAGUGAAGGCUCUAUCCUUUUUGGACUCCACCAAGUCCACCCGCUUCCCUAAGCUGUGUCCAGGUGGAAUUACUUUGCAUAGAAAGGAUUGCAGAGUACCACUUAGAAGAAGAGUUCAUUGUUCGUUGCAGCAACCUCCUCCAGCUUGGCCAGGAAGAGCUAUUCCAGAGCAAGAUCUUUGUAAUUGGAAUGUCCCAAAGCCUAUAUCUAUUAUUGGCUCUACUGGCUCUAUAGGAACUCAGACACUGGACAUUGUGGCAGAGAAUCCAGAUAAAUUCAGAAUAGUGGGACUUGCAGCUGGUUCGAAUGUGACACUUCUUGCAGACCAGGUGAAGAGAUUCAAGCCUCAAAUAGUUGCUAUUAGAAAUGAAUCAUUAAUUGGUGAACUGAAAGAGGCCUUAGCUGAUGUGGAAGAAAUGCCCGAAAUUAUUCCUGGGGAACAAGGAGUAAUUGAGGUUGCCCGGCACCCAGAUGCAGUCACAGUGGUUACAGGAAUAGUAGGUUGUGCUGGAUUACAGCCUACAGUUGCUGCAAUUGAGGCAGGUAAACACAUAGCUUUAGCCAAUAAAGAGACCCUGAUUGCUGGAGGUCCAUUCAUCCUUCCUCUAGCUCACAAGCAUAACAUAAAAAUUCUUCCUGCCGAUUCAGAACAUUCGGCAAUAUUCCAGUGUAUCCAGGGCUUGCCUGAUGGUGCACUACGGCGUAUCAUUUUGACAGCAUCUGGGGGAGCUUUCAGAGAUUGGCCGGUUGAAAAGCUAAAAGAUGUUAAGGUUGCUGAUGCUCUGAAACAUCCAAACUGGAGUAUGGGAAAGAAAAUCACUGUUGAUUCUGCUACCCUUUUCAAUAAGGGUUUAGAAGUCAUUGAAGCCCAUUAUCUAUUUGGAGCAGACUAUGACAAUAUUGACAUUGUAAUUCAUCCACAAUCUAUAAUACAUUCUAUGAUUGAAACACAGGAUUCUUCUGUUCUGGCUCAGUUGGGGUGGCCUGACAUGCGAAUUCCGAUUCUCUAUACCAUGUCAUGGCCAGACAGAAUAUACUGUUCUGAAGUAACUUGGCCUCGACUUGAUCUUUGCAAGCUUGGUUCGCUGACUUUUAAGAGUCCUGACAACAAGAAGUACCCAUCCAUGAAUCUUGCCUAUUCUGCCGGACGUGCUGGGGGCACCAUGACCGGAGUUCUUAGUGCAGCCAAUGAGAAAGCUGUAGAGAUGUUUAUUGAUGAGAAGAUAAGUUAUCUUGAAAUCUUCAAAGUUGUUGAGCUAACAUGCGACAAGCAUCGAUCAGAGAUGGUGACUUCACCUUCUCUUGAUGAAAUUAUCCACUAUGACUCGUGGGCACGAGAGUAUGCAACUACUAGUUUGAAGAGUUCUUCCAGUCCAAGACCUGUUACAGCAUGAGAGGAGACAACUUUGCCAUUGUUGACCAGGGUGGCAAAAUUUUAUAGGAUUUGAAUUUAUGCUGAGAUAUUAUGGUUUCCCUCUAAUAGUGGCAAAUAAAAGUAGAGGGAUUGUGUUGGGGUUUGGUUGAGUUAAAAAAAAUGUGUCUUCAUAUGCAUGUAAAUAAUAUUCAUCCAAAAUGUUCCUCCCCAAUAGAGAAAAAACAAGGUAGUUGAAAUGCUUAAAAGCAUAUUCCCUGGUCUCAAAAGAGAAUGAAACAAUUAGUGCAAAUCAAUUUUUGUGAUUGCAUGAUGUGAUUCCAUUUCCUUCUUAUUCAGGUUUCAUAUUGUGGAUUGCACAAGUAAAAUUGCCUCAUGUUUUUGACUUUGAUUCUAGUUGGGCAAUUUGCCUAAUGUUUGACUGAAUUUUAUUUUAUUUGUGGUA